AUGGCUGCUCAGGCUAGUGAAAAGCUGCAGAAGCUCGACCUCAACGGUCAGAGCGGCGAUGCAAAGGCCGACGCUCCCGCCGCUGGUCAGGCUGGAACCGGAGAGGCGGAGGAUGAUUCCGACGACGAUGAAGUUGAGGACAAUAACACUGCUGCCGAGGGCGCAGCCAAUGGAGCCGCCAAGAAAAAGAAGAAGCGCAAGUCCAAGAAGAAGAAGAAGGGCGGCGCCAAGGUCCAGAGCUCUCCUCCGCGCGUCCCGAUCUCGAGCCUGUUCCCGAACAACCAGUUCCCCGAAGGAGAAAUUGUCGAGUAUCAGAAUGAAAAUUCAUACCGGACCACCAACGAGGAGAAGCGUUAUCUCGACCGCAUGAACAAUGACUUCCUGCAGGAGUACCGUCAGGGUGCUGAAGUGCACCGCCAGGUCCGCCAGUAUGCACAGCAGAACAUCAAACCCGGCCAGACUCUGACGGAAAUCGCCGAGGGUAUUGAGGAUGCUGUCCGUGCCUUGACGGGCCACCAGGGCCUGGAAGAGGGCGACAACUUGAAAGGUGGUAUGGGUUUCCCCUGUGGCCUGAGUAUCAACCACUGCGCCGCCCACUAUACUCCCAACGCGGGCAACAAGAUGGUGUUGCAGCAGGGCGAUGUCAUGAAGGUUGAUUUCGGAGCUCACAUCAACGGACGGAUUGUCGACAGUGCCUUCACUGUUGCCUUUGAUCCUGUCUAUGACCCUCUUUUGGCGGCCGUCAAAGACGCCACCAACACCGGUAUCCGGGAAGCUGGUAUUGACGUCCGUAUGAGCGAUAUUGGUGCAGCUAUCCAGGAAGUUAUGGAGAGUUACGAGUGCGAAAUCAACGGAACCGUGCACCCCGUUAAAUGUAUUCGGAACCUCAACGGUCACAACAUUGACCAGCACAUUAUCCACGGUGGAAAGAGCGUGCCUAUCGUGAAGGGUGGUGAUCAGACCAAGAUGGAGGAGGGUGAAGUCUUCGCCAUCGAAACCUUUGGAAGUACCGGAAAAGGCUAUGUGCACGAGGAUAUGGAAACCUCUCACUACGCUCUGGUUCCGAACGCCGCUCCGGUGCCUCUGCGUCUUUCUUCCGCGAAGAAUCUGUUGAACGUCAUCAACAAGAACUUUGGAACACUCCCCUUCUGUCGUCGGUACCUCGACCGGUUGGGUCAGGACAAGUAUCUCCUUGGGUUGAACAACCUGGUACAAUCGGGCAUUGUCCAGGACUACCCCCCUCUUUGCGAUAUCAAGGGCUCUUACACUGCCCAGUACGAACACAUCAGUCUCUCGUUUCACCCUUCAAUUGCUGACCCAUCCAUUAUGUCCUCUUCUGUUGUCGAAGCCGCCGCGGCAGGAACUUCACCGCAUCUCCGCGUGUCCGCAGCCAAGAGUCAAGAUCCCCAGUUCACAGCACAGGGUGACGAACCCUCCGCCAGAAUCGCACCUCCGGAGAAAUCGGCGGUCGAUGAUCAUUUUUUUUGGACUUACACGGAAGAGCCACAUCGCUCAAGGCGUCUAGCCAUCAUCAAAGCCCAUCCGGAGGUCACCAAGCUCUGUGGACCGGAGCCCCUGACCAAAUAUGUCGUUCUGGGAGUCGUCUCUCUCCAGAUCCUCUGCGCCUACCUCCUCCGCAAUACCUCCAUGCUGUCCUGGAAGUUUCUCGCAACGGCAUACGUGAUCGGAGCGACUUCAAACCAGAACCUCUUUCUCGCCAUCCAUGAGAUCUCCCACAACCUUGCCUUCCGGUCCGCAAUGGCAAAUCGACUACUAGCCAUCUUCGCCAAUCUUCCAAUUGGAUUGCCCUACAGUGCCGCCUUCAGGCCAUACCACCUCACCCACCAUAAAUCCCUCGGUGUGACAGGUCUGGAUACCGAUCUCCCAACCGCCGUGGAAGCGUUCUUCCUUGACUCGCUCCUGGGCAAGGCAUUCUUCUGCACCUUCCAGAUCUUCUUCUAUGCCGUGCGGCCCAUGUUCAUCUACAGCCCUCCGUUCACAUACAUCCACCUCUUGAACCUCGCCGUGCAGCUGUCCUUCGAUUACUUCCUGAUCCAGUUCUGCGGCGGUUCGAUCCAACCCGUCCUCUACCUCCUCAUGAGCUCGUUCCUGGCCGGCUCGCUCCACCCCUGCGCCGGCCAUUUUAUCGCGGAGCACUAUUUCUUCUCCCAGGUCUCGCACGGUACCGAGUCCCUCCAGGAGCUCAAGCAGAAGCAAGAAAAAGCAUCCACUCCGGCCCCGCACCCGCUCGACUCACUGCCCCCGCCGGAAACAUACUCGUACUACGGGCCCCUCAACUUCUUUACCUACAAUGUCGGCCUGCAUAACGAACACCACGAUUUCCCCGCCGUCCCCUGGACCAGACUCCAUGAGCUCCACCGCAUUGCCAAGGAGUUCUACGAGCCCCUGCCUUGCCACCACAGUUGGGUGUGGGUGAUCUGGACAUUCAUCUUGGAUAAGAAUGUGGGCAUGUGGUGUCGCGUCAAGAGAGCACAGGGAGGUCGCCUCGUCGGAGGAGGAGGCGGCAACGGUCGUGGUGGAGAGGGAAUCUCGGCUUCCUCGUCGGCUGGUCCGCAGGAGUCCGGAGAUGGCUGGAAGGAAAGCGAGAUCCAGAACUGA